AUGGUGAUGGAAGAAGAAAUCCCCAUGCUGGUCAUUGACAAUGACUCUGGAAUGUGCAAAGCUGGCUUUGCGGAGGACGAUGCUCCUGGAGACACGUUCCCCUCCAUCGUCAGCUGUCCCCGAUGCCAGGGCAUUAUGGUGGGUAUGGGUCAGAAGGACUCCUACGUGGGCGAUGAGGCCCAGAGAAAGCAAGGCUUCCUGACUCUGAAGUAUCCCAUCCAGUAUGGCAUCAUCACCAACUGGGACUGGGAUGAUGUGGAGAAGAUCUGGCACCGCAUGUUCUACAACGAACUGCGUGUGGCCCCCGAGGAACACCUAGUGCUGUGGACUGAGGCCCCCUGA